CGGCACACACACGCACACACAGGCGUGCGCAGACACACCCUCCGCACCCGGGGACUCGUCGAUAAGCCGAGAAUGACAGGUGCCUCACGCCCCCCACAGCCUCGGGAGCCAGGCACGUCGCUGAACCUCCACAGGCGGUGUAUUCCAGGGAGUCAGCCUGCGCACCGGGUCCUCACGUGGUCACGACCGCACGGCCUGGAAGCCAGCCUGCACACCGGGGACACGACUCCACACCCACAGACGGGCCGCCAAUACACUCCAGCAGCAGCUACCAUCGGAUACAAGUCAAACUGCUAAGGGCAGCCGUGGCCAUGGGGAGCCGUGAUGGGGGCCCGGGGGUCAGCUCCUUGCACUCGGGCCGCCCGAGUCUGGCUGAGGGGUCUCUGGCCAUCCUGGAGCGGGACAGUGAGCCGCCGCAGGCCUGGGAUCCGGAUGAUGCCAAGCGGGCCCGCGGGCUGCUCCCCGGUGCCGAACGCCUGCCGGGACUCUACCUGCCGUGCUUCGACAUGCUCCUGACGGAGGACGCGGCCUGGCUGAUGAAGACGGAGCCGCGGAAGGAGCCGGAGCAGUGCCCUGUCAUCGACAGCCAAGGCCUGGGACUGCCGCCCGCCCUGGACACGCAGGUGGAGGAGCGCUCACUGGAGCAGGUGCAGAGCAUGGUGGUGGGCGAGGUGCUGAAGGACAUCGAGACGGCCUGCAAGCUGCUCAACAUCAACCCUGACCCCAUGGAGUGGAACCCGGGAAACGUGCAGAAGUGGGUGCUGUGGACGGAGCACCUGUACAGGCUGCCCCAGGUGGGCAGAGCGUUCCAGGAUCUAUCCGGAAAGGACCUCUGCGCCAUGAGUGAAGACGACUUCAGGCAGAGGUCCCUGCAGUGUGGCGAUGUCCUCUACGCCCACCUGGACAUCUGGAAGUCAGCUGCUUGGAUGAAGGAGCGAUGUUCUCCAUCAGACAAGUUGAACGGUACGGAGGACCUGUGGUCAGAGGCAGACUCCUCCUGUUCCGGACAGCCCAUCCACCUGUGGCAGUUUCUGCGGGAGCUACUGCUCAAGCCCCACAGCUACGGCCGCUGUAUCCGUUGGCUCAACAAGGAGAAGGGCAUCUUCAAAAUCGAAGACUCUGCCCACGUGGCGCGGCUGUGGGGGAUCCGCAAGAACCGGCCGGCCAUGAACUACGACAAGCUGAGCCGCUCCAUCCGCCAGUACUACAAGAAGGGCAUCAUCCGCAAGCCUGACGUGUCCCAGAGACUGGUCUACCAGUUUGUGCAUCCAGUAUGAAGGGCAGUGAGGGGCCAGCGGGGAAAAGGGCAUGUGCUUCGGGUUAUGGAUGUGCUACUGCUGGUCAGAGGCAGAGGGCGGUGGGCUCCGCCCUUUGGUUCGCUCAGACUUAUUCCCAGGACGACACUGCACACAUACACCCCAAAGAUCCGCAUUCAGCAGAGCCUGGGACGCACGCCCCGACCACUCACCUGCUGCCGCAUGCGAAAGGUCAAAGCGCGAUUCUGGAGAAGCAGAGACGCCAGGAAAAGUGACGACCACAGACUGCCUUUACCGUAUAUUCGCAUUAUCUGCCUGUAAUAGUUCCUUAUGUUUACAAUUUCCCCCGUUUUCAGUAAUUAGGUGCACAGUGUAUAGGGAUUCUGUCUAUCUAUUUCAGCGACUUUUAAAACCGCUCUUUUUAUUUCUGAAAAUGCCAUUUAUUAGUGUUGCUCCAACUAUUUAAUUGAAUUGCAUGGCGAUUCUCUGGUCAUGCACCUUGUAGCGCUCCUCGCUAAAAAAUUGCCGUUGGACAAGCAGCGUGAAAAUGCACACCUUAAAUAUGAUCAUGUUUGAAUAUGUCAUUGAAUAAUUAGUAUAUCAUUUUUGACACCAAAAAUGUAAAAUGUUACAUACUACAGCCGUAGAUAUUUUUAGACAACAACCUAAAAACAGUUCUAAUUUAUUUAUACGAAUCAACCACUUGUCGUCCCGUUUGUUGUUUAAAUGCGUCAGUUAUCUGUAUAGCACGGUAAAUUGCGAGCACUGCGGGUAUACAGUAAUCUGCGAUGCGUAUCGGUACAGUAAAUAAGGUAACCCCUUAUUGUAAUGCGGGGAUUAAUCCGGCUUUCGGCCAGAGGCUCAAACAGGCGUUUCCUCCGAGGUCUUCAUCCAUCAUCGCCACCAUACUUAUGUCAACAUUAUCCCACUUCACUUUAUCUACCCCUGGCUAUGGGCCGCUAGGGGUCGUGGUUUUUAGGCGCCUCACUUUUUAUAUGUAUAGCAUAUAAAAAAUACUGAAAAUUAAAUAAGGAUUAACAGCACUUUAUCGGACCUUUCGUUAGAUCCAGCGGGUCAGAAAGAAUCUGAAAAUCGGGUCGGUGUUUUAAAAAAAGUUAAACCCUUCAUAUAAUCACGUUAAUGUCAGACCAAAGUGCCAAUUAAAUCCGUGCAAUAAAUGAAUUGAUGAAGCCGAUUAAACAUGCACACACUGAUGGUUUGUUUGUGACGGUUUCAUCACGAAUGAACAAAACUCCCGUUUUUCUAAAUGCAAAUCUUUAAGUCACACUCUCAUUUAGAACUCUUUAGUACUUUCUUAAUAUGUCACCCAACUUUUCCAUAACUUCAUUUGCAUACUUGUUUUACCUGAUAAACUGCCUUUAAGGUGUGAAAUAUUUUUCAGUUAUAAUCUUUAUUACCGCUGUUCUUUUCGCCUUGUAACUAU